AUGUCAGAAUCAGCGUUUACCUACCAUGAGCCAACGAUUCUCACUAUUCUCAACCAAGCUGGUCUUCUAUUGGUCUUGAAUCUAAUCAACGCCUGUCUUGACAAACUUCUAUACUGUGGCUUGAUCGGUCAAUUGGUUACUGGUAUCCUGUGGGGUACACCUGGAGCCAAAUGGCUCAACCGCGACAUGGAAACUGUGAUUCAGCAACUCGGCUACCUGGGAUUGAUCAUGCUCGUGUAUGAGGGCGGCUUGUCAACUCCUCCGUCUUCGCUCCGCGCCAAUAUGUACCUCGCUCUUGCUGUUGCUGUUACCGGAAUCAGUGUUCCUAUAGGACUGCCGUUUAUUCUCAUGGAAUUGGUUUCAGCAACGCCACUCCAGGCAUUCACUGCUAGUGCAGCUCUCAGCGCGACAAGUCUCAGGACCACGUUCACUAUCCUUUCAACAACGCAGCUGAUCACCUCGCGCCUUUCCACCGUAACUACCAGUGCUGCGAUGUUUGAUGACGUUAUCGGCCUUGUGCUGGUUCAGAUCAUCUCAAACCUUGGCGGGAAUGGUGACUCGUUUAGGGCUGUGACUGUUUUCAGGCCGCUGUUUGUUUCGAUCGGGUUUGGUGUUGGCAUCGUCUUGGUGUGUAGAUUCGUGGCGCGCCCGAUUCUGAUCAAGAUUUUCGAGUCCAAAGGUAAGUUGCCAAAGUUUACUCACAAGCCUCAGUUCGCGUUUCUCGGAUAUAUCUUCUUGCUUCUAGGGUUGGUGGCUGGCGCUGCAUAUGCUGGGACGUCAAGUUUGUUCGCCGCAUAUCUUGCUGGUGUUAUCACAUCGUGGUUUGAUACCUUGAUAUACACAACUUCGAAUUCUACGGCGACACAAUUGCAACAGAACAAGGACAGCCAUUCUCAAGACCAGGCUCAACCUGAACAAGCAGUCUCCUCUGGAACUUCCCGGGAACGACAGGGAGGAUUCAAUGGGGAACGGGGAUAA